UCUGCGCAGACAAUGUCUCUAGAGCCAGUUUCACAGGCAUCAUUAUCGGUGCAUGAUCAUAUCUUACCUCCUAUGGAGGGGGCUGACGGCUCAACAAACAUGGUCUCUCUACAGAGUCCAAACACCCAAUCAGAUGGAAAAGAUGAGGAUGAGGAUGAGGACGAUGAGGAUGAGGAAGAUGAAGACGAUGAAGAUAUGGAGGACUCUGACAUGGAUGAAUGGGAACCCGAUCCACCUCACCCCUUUGAUCCUAAUGAUUUAUGGUGUGAGGAAUGUAAUAAUGCACAUCCAUCUGUGUGCCCCAAACAUGGGGCUCUGCAUCCAAUCCCCAACCGUCCAGUUCUAACGAGGGCACGUGCUAGCCUACCUUUAGUGCUAUAUAUUGACCGAUUUCUGGGUGGAGUUUACUCAAAGCGGCGCAUUCCCAAACGCACCCAGUUUGGCCCGUUGGAGGGGCCUCUUGUGAAAAAGUCAGAGUUGAAGGAUAGCUAUAUCCACCUUAAGGUUUCACUGAAUAGCAACAUCAAUUCCGAGGCAGGGUUUCAGGAAGACCUCUGGUUUGAGCUAUCAGAAGAGAGUCUCUGCAACUGGAUGAUGUUUGUGCGACCAGCCCAGAAUCACCUGGAACAGAACUUAGUUGCAUAUCAAUAUGGCCAACACAUAUACUACACCACAAUUAAGAAUGUGGAGCCCAAGCAGGAACUAAAGGUUUGGUAUGCAGCCUCGUAUGCAGAAUUUGUGAAUCAAAAGAUCCAUGAUAUAUCACAGGAAGAAAGAAAGGUACUAAGAGAGCAAGAGAAGAAUUGGCCUUGUUAUGAAUGCAACCGCCGCUUCAUGAGUUCUGAGCAGCUCCAGCAACACCUUAACACACACGAUGAGAAGCUGGAUUUCUUUAGCAGAACAAAGGGACGUGGUCGAGGUCGGGCAAAGAGGAAAUUUGGGCCAGGGAGGAGACCAGGAAGACCUCCGAAGUUUAUGCGGCUUGAUAUUGGCAGUGAUAAUCGUGAGAAAUGUGAUCUGGGAACACAGGAGCUACUGCACUUUCCCACUAAGAAUCAGUUUGAGGACACUGGACACUCUGAGCUGAAUGGUUUAGACCAGCCUGACAUGUCUCUGAGCUCCAGCACACAAGGAACAGUGGAUCAACAGAGUGAAACACAACUCUUGCCGCCCAUACAACAAGAGCCAAGUGCACCGUUAGUACCACAGAGCACCCUAACCGCUGAAGAUAUGCGACGAGCUAAGCGCAUACGGGUGCAAUCUCAGCAGACUGGGACCUCACAGUCGCCCAGUAGACUCCAAGCAAAGGCAAAUCACAGCAACCAGCAAGAAAAAAAGGUGCAGCAAUCACAGCAAUUGGGAAUAAAAUAA